CUACCCCCCGCCGCAGAGGAGAGAGAGAGAGAGAGAGAGAGAGAGAGAGACUCAUUCCGCCGCGCUUGGAACCAAACACCCACAGCCAUGGAAAUCGUGCGAUCCCAACGGCAGCUCGCGGCGGCGGCCGCAGCCGCCAGCGGCGGAGGCAGCGGCGCGGGGGCCCUGCCAACGUACCGUGUGGCGCCGCAGCUGGAGGUGCGGCUGGAGGAGUUCGAGCUCUUCGCCAUCGACCGCCUGCGAGUCCUGAAGGGGAUCUCGGAUGGGCUAUCGCGGGGGAAGAGGCCAGAGGAGAUGGAGAAACUGGUAAGUGAAUUGUGGAAGGCACAUAUGAGGCACCAGGAUCCAGCAGAGGCUUUGAACAAGGACAUAAUAUCUCACUUUGUGCUCCGUCUUGUAUACUGCAGAACGGAGGAAUUGCGUAAGUGGUUUCUCUCCAUGGAAAAUACACUGUUUCGGUAUCGCUUUCGUCUCGAGAGUCCUGAAUCACAGAGGCUUCUUAUGAGUGAGUUUCAGCUUCCAUACAAAGCAUUGCCACACUCGGAAUUCGAGGCUGUGAAAGAUAAGUUAAGCCAAGUUGCACGUUCCAUCGGUCAAUCGGCCAGCGUUGAAUCUGUGUUCUUCAAGGUACCUUUUGAAGAAGUUCCAGAUCUUGUUGCCAGCCGCCGAGUAUUCCUUUCAAAGGGCUAUGCUUAUGUUGCGAUGAGUCAGGUGGUUUCACUUGUGGUAACUCAGUUCCGCUGCAAUAUCUCAAAGGCACUUGUUUUAACAAAUAGGAAAUGGACUGCGACCAUUAAGGAACAAGAAAAGGACAGGUUGACUCCUAUUGUUGAGGCGUUAAGCAAUGCAUAUUUUGGACCUGAUUACUCUCAGCCAAAUGAUGCUACCGAGAUUUCGCCGAAGGAUAUUGAUCAACUGGCUAGAACUUCUUUCCCUCUUUGUAUGCGCCAUAUGCUAGAGAAGUUGAGAGAAAACCAUCAUCUCAAACACGGGGGUAGAAUGCAGUUUGGUCUUUUCCUCAAGGGUGCUGGGCUAAAGCUGGAGGAUGCUCUCACAUUUUGGAGAUCGGAAUUCUCUCAGAAGGUUGGCUCUGAGCGAUUUGACAAGGAAUAUGCAUAUAGUAUCAGACACAAUUAUGGAAAAGAAGGAAAACGAACGGAUUACACUUCAUAUUCAUGUCAAAAGAUCAUCUCCGCUACACCUGGUGUUGGUGAUCAUCAUGGUUGCCCUUAUCGACAUUUUGGUGAAGAGAACCUGAGAGCAGCUCUCAACAAUAUGGGUGUCGGUGGAAAUGCUUUGGAAGGGAUACUCGAUAAAGUGAAGAACAGGCAUUAUCAGCUAGCUUGCACAAUGACUUUUGAGGCAACUCAUGGUGUCUCAUGUGAUACCGGAAUCAAUCAUCCUAAUCAGUAUUUCAGCGAAAGCCAGAAAGUCUUGCAAGCUAAGAACCAAACAGUACAGAGUCAGUUAUCGACCUAAGUUGGGAUGCUCCUGCAGAAAGCAGUCCAUCCACCAAGUAGAAACCCAGCAGCUCGGUGUCGAAUCAAGAGUGGUGCUUGACUGCAAAGUUGCCAGUACAUGGAGAUCAAGUUUGCUCAUGUUUAGCCUGAUGUGUGGAGCGAGUUCUGCUGCUCGCUGGGGUUCGGGGAGUUCCAACUGCCGGUCCAUGGCGUCGCAUCCUGUGCCACUAUUAGCAACAUAAGAGAAACUUAAUCUAUUGUCGUACAACAGUGCUCGGUCAAAAUGAGAGCGAAUAGAGAUUGAUAUGGAUUUUGGUAGUACUGUAAUCUUCUAGUACCACCGACUUGUGAACACCCUGAUCAGUUGUGCUGCUUCUUGGAGAGGAAUAUUAUGGAGUAGGUACGCAUGUUCUUCAUUUCAUAUAGGCAUCUGUUGAUGUUUUGUAGAAGGCAGAAAAAUCACUAAAUACUGACCAGAGAUAUCCUACUGCCAUCUUACUGUUAAACAUUUG